AUGGAGCAUAGAGAUAAGGUUCUUUGGCAGAAAUUGCUCAGGUUUCCUCUUCACAUCCCAAAACAAAGUAUGAUUUCUUGGAUGAUUAUUCUUGAUCGUCUUCCUACUCGUGAUAGACUUUUCAGAAUGAGAAUCUCUACUGACCAGCUUUGUAUCCUUUGCAAUGAGGAACCAGAAUCCAGAAACCACUUGUUUUUUGACUGUGCCUAUGCUUCUUAUAUCUGGAACUCUAUCAUGAUUCUUACCAACUUGCGAGAUACUCACAGGACAUGGAAUUCAAGAAUUGAAUGUUCUGCUAAAAAAUGGAAGGGUAAAUCCUUAAUUUCCAUUAUCCUAAGAAUUGCUUGGAACGCUUUUAACUACUUAAUUUGGGAGGAAAGAAAUAGAAGGAUUUUCAAAGGUGGAUCAAGAACAACAUAUCAAAUUCUCAAGUCUAUCAAGGAAUUUGUUCGUAUUCAGCUUAACGAUAAAGACAUUAAUAGAAUUGAUCAUGUAAAUUCUAGUCUUUGUAGCCUUUAG